ACAGUUAAGAGUGAGCCAUUGUAGUUCAGUUGCAGAAUACCUGAGCCACUCAUCCAAAAUGACUUUCUCUAGUGCUGAAAAGGCCGCCAUUGCCUCCCUCUGGGGUAAGGUGUCUGGCCAUGCUGAUGAAAUUGGAGCCGAGGCUUUAGAGAGGUUGUUUUUGAGCUUCCCUCAGACCAAGACCUACUUCAGCCAUUUUGACCUGAGCCAUGGCUCCAAGGAUCUCCGUACUCAUGGAGGAAAAGUCCUGAAGGCCAUUGGAAAUGCUGCCAGUCACUUGGAUGACAUUCCUCAUGCUCUGGCCGCCCUCAGUGACCUGCAUGCCUUCAAAUUGAGAGUUGAUCCUGGAAACUUCAAUCUGCUGUCCCAUACCAUCCAGGUGACUCUGGCUAUCCACUUCCCUGCUGAAUUCAACUCUGAUGUACAAGCUGCCUGGGACAAGUUCCUCGAUUUUGUCUCCGCUGUUCUGGUUUCCAAGUACAGAUAAACAAAGAAAGACAAGUGAUGAUUAUCUGAUGUGUCAAAACCCUUGAACCUUGACCAGCGUCAUCAAUGAAGUUGUCAACUUAUAGGCAAUUGUUUUGUUAUUUAUUUUUUGUUUUGCUUUUUAAGUUUUCAAUUACAGCAUAAAAAUUUGAAAAUAUACACCAGACUCUGUAAUAUUAGCAAAUUCAAGCGAAGCACAUAACACAAUAUAAAAACAGUAAUUAAAACAACUGUAAAUAAAACAUACAAGUAAAAGAUGCUGUGGUUUUGGUGGUUAUUACAUCACU